AUGUCUGUAAACACUAAAGUACCACAGGUCGAUUUACGAUUCUAUGAACGUUCGACCACUAUAGCAUACAUUGAUGCCAUUAGACAAUCUUUAAUACACGAUCUUGCAUCUACCAACCCCAAUUUCAAAACUGUCACUUCAAGGGAACUCUCAAUAUUCCUUGGCAGACUUCAAAUAUUCCAAGAGGAAAAGCUUGGAACAAAGUUAAAUGUUCCUAAAAAAUCCAUGUUACCGACAAAAAUACCCUCAAAAUUAUUCAAGGUUGAAGCAACGCUCACCAAUGAAUCACCCAUAUAUUACCUUCUCCAAUCAGCUUACAUGUACAAAAUUUCCAAAAAAUGGAAAAAAUGGAAUUGGGAUCACAAUGUAAAGGACAUGAUCGAGAUGGUUUCAAUCGUUAGAAAUUAUUUAAUAGAAAAAGGGAUCAUUAAAAACCCUGUUGUCAUGUUUAAUCAAUCGCUUGUUGUAAAACGAAUUAGAGAAUUAAAAAAAAUUGUUAAAAAAUUGGGUGGUCGAGUCACUGAUAAAUUGGAUGAGGCUACUCAUAUAAUUCAUGAAUCAAAUGAUAAUGACUAUCAGGAUGAAGAUUGGUUUAGAACAUUAGAAAAGAAGGAUGGAAAGGUACUAGUUCAUUGGUGGUAUUAUCCUGACUCAUAUGAUACUUGGGUUGAGGAAACUUCUGAUCAUGCUGAUCCAGAACCACCACCAAUAAAUAAUGGUCCUUGGAAUGUUGGUGAUCGUUGGAUUACCGAUAGCAUUAAAUUUAAUGAAUGGGUGAAUGAAGAAGACUAUGAAUUGUCUAACUUGUAUGAAAUUGAAAAUGAGUCUGAUAAAGGGCAGGAAGAUGAGGAGGAGGAGGUUGAGGUUGAAGAUGAAGAUGAGGUUGAAAGUGUAAAAAUGAGUCAAGAAUCAAGGGGAAAUAUGAAUGAAGAAGAGGAUGAAGAAGGCGUCAAAUCUCACAUUCAAGAAUUACUUAGAACAUUUCAACAACAAAAAAAACAUAAAUUAGAUGAUGAGGUUCAAGAAACUAGCACCAUCAAUAAAACAGAAGCUAUUCAACCAGUGCCAUCUUCAAAACGUCCUAGAAUAAGAUCACCCGAACCUAAAACCAUAUCUAAAAUAUCGUUUAUUGACAUUGAAGAAGAAGCAUUAUCUCUAGAUUUAUCUCGCCAGAAAAGAAAUGAACUUGACCCAAUUCUGAAUGGAGAUGUUGGAAAUAUUUCAUAUACAUUUGUUGAUAAUAAAACAGAACAUGUGAUAUAUGAACAACAUUCGCAUAAUAUUGAUGACAAGUUACAAAAUUCCAUUAAAAUAACAGAAAUAAACAAUACUGAAAAUAGCGAAAAGACAAAUUUAACUCAAGGUGAAGAAGCCAUGAAGAAGCUUUACGAAGAAGCUCGUGAAAUUUUAUCAGAGUAUAAACGUGAAGUCAUAGUACCUUCAUAUUCAGAAUGGUUCGACUCCAACAAAAUUCACGAUAUUGAAAAGGAUGCUAUGAUGGAAUUCUUUAACAAUAAAAAUAAAACAAAAACUUCCGAAACAUACAAGAAAUCCAGAGAUUUUAUGAUUAAUACCUAUCACCUUAACCCUAGAGAAUAUUUAACGAUUACUACGUGUUGUAAAAACUUACCAAUCGAUGUUCGUGAAAUAAUUCAUUUGCAUGCUUUUUUGGAACAAUGGGGAUUGAUUAAUUAUCAGGUUGAUUCAAGCGCAUCAAGUUUAUCUAUUAGACCUUUAUUUACCAAAAAUUUCAAUAUUAAAACCGACACACCUAAUAACGGUCUUCAGGACGCGAUUACUCAAGACCUAUCAAAUGGCAGAAAAACUAUUGGAAUUUCAGAUUCGCCUUGCAAUUCCAACAUAUUCUCAAUUGCUCAAAACAUUUAUCAACCCAAAAUUAAUAUUACUGAAACAAAGAAUAUAUUUGAUAAAGGAAAGAAACCAAAAAUUCAUACUGAUGAACAAAAAUCAACUAGGUGUUCUGUUUGUUCAACGAAUUUUACAGAUGUUAGAUAUCAUUCUUUGAAAGAACAAGAGUUUGAAUUGUGUUCUGAUUGCUACUUAGAAGGACGUUAUCCUGUAACAAUGUUUAGUGGUGAUUUUGUAAGACUUGAGGAUCUUGAAUUCAGUAAAUACAAAGAUAAUGAUUGGACAGUUGGCGAAACUUUAUCUCUUAUUGAAGGCGUAGAGUUGUUUGGAGAUGAUUGGAAUAUGGUAUCAAUGCAUGUUCAUACACGAUCAAAAGAACAAUGUAUCUCUCACUUUCUUGAACUGCCAAUUGAGGAUCCAUUCAAGUUUACUAAAGAUCCAAACACACAAUCUUCAUCUUCACAUGAUUACACACCAUUCAUUCAAACAGAUAAUCCAAUAAUGACCAUGGUAACAACGUUGGCUUCAGCAGUUAAUCCCGGUGUAGCAGCAGCAGCAGCAAAAUCUUCAAUAAAAGAUCUGAACUUGUAUAUGAAAUUGCCAGACAAUGAAGAGUCAAGUGCCAUUGAUAACAUCAAUACUGCUGAUAAUUCAUUAAAACUGCCUUUAGAUAAUAAUAAAUCAGACGACACUGAUAAUUCUGAGGAACAAAGGGGCAUAGCAGAGAAAGUAAUCAAAAAUGCAUUUGAUUCUGCAGCCGCCAAGGCUAUGUCGUUGGCCGAAUAUGAAGAGAGAGAAAUUUAUCGUCUAAUUAAUGCAAUAAUUGAUAGUCAACACAGAAAACUUGAACUUAAACUUCAGCAAAUUCAAGAAUUGGACAGUUUUGUUGAAGCAGAGAAAAGGGAAAUUCAGCGACAUAUAAAUUCUUUGACUUAUGAGCAAAAUCAAUACCAAAAAGAGGUACUCACACUGAGAGAACAAUUUAAUACAAGUAAUAACAAUAUCAUGAGUAACAACUAG